CCCUCCCCCCACUCUCUUUGUUUACUCUUACGUUCUUUCUUUCUUUACAAACAGCCCUGACGUUCCUGCGUUAAUCUUUACAUUGUAUAAUCUUAAUACCUACAAUAUUCCACGUCAUUUUAUUAAUUCCUUACCUUUAAUUACAGGACUGCGAGUUUGACGUUACAAGAGAACAAAGCAUCUUCUUUGAACGUCCUCCCCCCCGCGGCGUGUGAUGUGACGCCCUCGCCGCCCAGAGCUGCUGCCUCGGCGGUCGCUGCGUGGCCAUGCCCGCCCGCCUCUAACGCCCUUCCCGCCGGCGAUGUCCGCCUGCUGGUCCGCUUGACGAGGGGCGGGUGAUGCUCUGUUGCUGGGCGUCCCUAUGCAACAUGCAACUCGGGCUGGUCGGCGGCGAGCGCGCGCGGGCGGCCUGACGGGCGGCAACCUGGAUGGUGGGGCGGGAUCCGGGAGACGUGGGCGCGACCCCCCCGCCAUGAGCUCCUCCCUCGCGGGCGUGCCGCUGCUGCUGCUGCUGCUGCUGACCAUGGCGGUUGCGGUGGGCGGCGAGACGCGCAGCCCGCGCUUCGUCACCACCAAGUACGGCAAGCUGCGCGGCUCCAUCCGCGCGCUGCCCAACAAGUACCUCCGGCCCGUCGAGGUGUUCCUGGGCAUCCCCUACGCCACGCCGCCCACGGGCUCCAACCGCUUCAGCCCCACCCGCACGCCCAGCCCGUGGGCGGGCGAGCGCAUCGCCGACAAGUACGGGCCCGUGUGCCCUCAGCACCUGCCCGACAUCUGGGAGGACCAGGCCGAGCUCUCCGUGCCGCGCGCGCGCAUGCAGCACGUGCGCCGCCUGGCCAACUACCUGACGCACCAGGAGGAGGACUGCCUCUACCUCAACGUCUACGUCCCUUCCUUCGUGGCAGACACGUCGGGACACCGGGCGCUCCCCGUAGUGGUCUACAUCCACGGCGAGAGCUUCGAGUGGGGCGCCUCCAACCCUUACGACGGCUCGGUCCUCGCUGCCUACGGGGACGUCAUUGUAGUCACUCUCAACUACCGCCUCGGGCCCCUAGGCUUCCUCAACACGAACGCGGACCCGAGCGGCCGAGGCCACGUCAUGAACCACGGCCUCAUGGACCAGAUCGCGGCGCUCCACUGGGUGCAAGAGAACAUCGGGGCGUUCGGCGGCGACCCCGGCAGCGUGACUCUGGUGGGCCACGGCACGGGCGCCGCCUGCAUCCACUUCCUGAUGGCGUCGGCGGCGGUGGUGCCCGGCCUCUUCCACCGCGCGGUCCUCAUGUCCGGCUCGGCGCUCAGCUCCUGGGCCACCGUCGGGACGCCCACCCACUACGCCCUCAAGUUCGGCCGCGCCCUCAACUGCACCAGCAACCUGCCGUCGGGCAUCAGCCUGCACGAACCGGAGUUCACGCCCUCGAACGACGAGCUCGACCAGAUGGUCAACUGCCUGAAGGACAAGUCGCUGGACGAGCUGCAGGCCGUGCACAUCUCGGCGCCGCAGUUCCUGUACGCCUUCGGGCCCAGCGUCGACGGCAUCGUGAUCAAGCACGACUACCGCCGCGAGAUGCGGAAGCGCGCCGACGAGAUGAGCAAGGAGUACGACCUCCUGUUCGGCGUCGUGCCCAACGAGGCCUACAACGCCUUCAGCGACAGCGACAUUGAGAAGGGCUUCGACGUGGGCAAGCGCGACCGCCUGUUCCGCACGAUGGUCCGCAACUCGUACGACUACCACCUGAACGAAGUGUACAUCUCGGUCGUGAACGAGUACACGGACUGGGAGAAGCCCGAGCCGCACCCGACGGCCACCCGCGACGCCGCCAUGGACGCCCUCAGCGACGCGCAGUACGUCGCCCCGCUGCUCAGCACCGCCAACAACCUCCGCAUCGGAGACAAGAACCAGUUCUUCUACGUCUUCGACCACACCGCAGCGCACUCAGACAAUCCCUACGCGGUCAAGAGAGCGGUACACGGGGACGAGCUACCCUAUGUGUUCGGCGCCCCCCUGGUCGGCGAGCUAGGGGUCUUCACGGGGAAUUGGACGCGAGAAGACAUAAUAAUAUCAGAGGCGAUGCUCACUUACCUCACCAACUUCGCCAAAACAGGGAACCCAAACUUUCGUUCUGGACAGGAUAUGAACAAUCAGGCUAGAGAGAAGAACCGGUUCAAGAACCUGGAGUGGCAAAAGUACGACCCUAUAUACCAAAAAUACCUGGAAAUAGGGCUGAAGCCGAAGCUGCGGGACCACUACCGCGCGCACCAGCUGGCCCUGUGGACGUGGCUCAUCCCUCAGCUGCAGCGCGUCGGGCGCCUCGAGUUCCUGACGCUGCACGAUCCGGAGGCGGAGGGCGUCGCCGCCGAGGACCAGCUGCAGGAGCUGUCGGUGCUGCACCACCUGUUCUCGCAGUACGACGACCCCGACCUGUACAGCGGCCCCGUGCGGCCCCUGCAGCACAUGGCGGGCCACUACAUCCUGCCGUCGACGACCAGCACGCCCGCGCCGCCCACCACCACGACGCCGUCGCUGUUCUCGCGCCUCAACACGACGCCCGGCUUCCCGCGGCGCAGCCAGCCGGGGCCGCGGCAGCCGCCGGCCUUCGCGCCCAACACCACCGCCCACGCCGAGGCCACCAAGCCCGAGGGCGUGGACUACGUGGCCUACUCGACGGCGCUGUCCGUCACCAUCGCCAUCGGCGUGUCGCUGCUCAUCCUCAACAUCCUCAUCUUCGCCGGCGUCUACUACCAGCGGGACCGGUCGCGCCUCGGCGACAAGCAGGAGCAGCAGAGCCAGCAGAACAGCCAGAGCAGCAGCGAGCAGCAGAUGGCGGCGGCCAUCAGCUCGGCGUCCGGCCCUACAUUAGGGUCGAGUAUUAACCUGGAGGUGACGAAGCCGCCGCUCAGCGUGCCGGCCUCGCUGAAGGCGCCGCCGCCGUCGCCGCUGGCGCACACGCAGGCCUUCACGCACAUCUCCGAGUGCCCGCCUGCCUUCGCCGACACGCCGCUGGCCGUGGAGGGGGGCGGGCACUGCGUGGCCGUGCCCCCUCCCAACAUACCCAACGGCAGCGCCACGCUCGUCGGCGGACAGCAGCAGCAGCAACAGAAGCAGCAGCAGCUCCAACAGCAACUCCAGCAGCCGCAGCAGGUCGUGAUGCCGCGGCCGCCGCCGCCGCCACGGCUGAUGCCGGCGGAGUCGCAGCCGCUCCUGCCGGUGCACGUGCCGGCACCUCCGCGGGGGAAGAUCCCGCCCUACGAGGAGCUGCGCGUAUGAUGGCGGCGCCCUCUGGUGACGGUGCUC